UUGUGGCUUCGAAACAAGUAGUUUGCAUUAAUUCUAUAUCGCUGGUGAUAACUGCGUAAAAUAAUCGUGAAUCCCUCCUCGACAAACGAUGGCCGUUAAAGCUAUUAACGACGAGGCCCACUUUCAAGCCGAACUGGCAGCAGCGGGAGCUAAUUUGGUCGUGGUGGAUUUCACCGCAACCUGGUGCGGUCCCUGUCGGAACAUUGCUCCACUGUUCGAGCAACUCCCGGCCAAAUAUCCCAAGGCAGUCUUUCUGAAGGUGGACGUGGACAAAUGUUCCGAAACGGCUUCAUCCCAGGGAGUGUCGGCCAUGCCGACCUUCAUCUUCUACCGCGCUAGGACGAAAAUCGACAGAAUGCAGGGAGCCGACAUCAACGGUUUGGAAGCGAAGAUCCAGAAGCACUACGUUUCCAGUAUCGAUGAAUCUGGAGAGGACUACGGGCAUGGUUUGCUGGACCUUGCCACCUUCAUCCAGAAGAAUCAGUGCGAAUGUUUGAACGAAGCGGACGACCAUCCGAUGACGAAUGCUCUUAGUUCGGCCGCCGGGCACCUGGCGUCGGACUGUGACGAACAGCUGAUCAUUUCGAUCACCUUCAACCAGGUGGUCAAAAUCCAUUCGAUCAAGUUCAAGGCUCCCCCAUCGCAUGGGCCCAAGAAUGUCCGGUUGUUCAUCAACCAACCGCGGACGAUGGAUUUCGAUAUGGCCGAAUCGCACGUUUCGGUGCAGGAUCUGGUGGUGGACCAGAAGGAUCUGGAAUCGGGAUCGCCGCUGCUGCUGCGUUUCGUUAAGUUCCAGAACGUGCAGAACAUUCAGCUGUUUGUGAAGGACAAUCAGUCGGGCGACGAGACGACGAUCAUCGAUCAUUUGGCCUUCAUUGGAUCGCCCAUUGCCACCACGAAGAUGGAUGACUUCCAGCGGGUUGCCGGCAAGAAGGGCGAGAGUCACUAGUGGGAUCAGGUGCGAUGGAGCAGGGAGGCGAAAGUCUGAGGCAUGGCACGGUGAACAGAAUGUGGGAAUUAUCAAUAUAUUGUGGAUUUGAAGAGUGAAGCAGAAAUGGAUACAGUCUUGUUUGCUUUUUAUAAAUUAUCGAAUUACAUCAUGAUCAGGA